ACUCACCAUCAUCAAGCAGUCGUUUGCGCACGUUGGUUGUGUGAGUGGUUGUCGAGUGACGGCUGUGGUGAACUUGAGAACAAUCACUUUCAGCUGUCAACAAUCCGGGAUUCUCGGUAUUUUUGUUGUUACGAUUUAGUGAUGCGUUCUGGCUAAACUCAGUGCUUACUGUAGCUUCCGUUACCUGGGCUAGUUACAUGAAACUGCAGUGCAAUAUUUGGUCCUACAGUGAGGGGAACUUCCAAGGUGAUAGCCUGGAUGAUAAGAAGUUUGGAGCAUUAGAGAUGAAGACUGAAUUUAGGAGUUGCUCAGCAUGUGGUGAACCAAUUUGUGACAAGUUCCUCUUGGAAGUGAGCGGAAGUACUUGGCAUGCUCGUUGCUUAAGGUGCUGUGUUUGCCAGUUGCAAUUAGAUAGGCAGCCGUCGUGUUUUAUAAGAGACAGAGCGAUAUAUUGCAAGCAAGAUUACGCUAAUUUCGGCGCCAAGUGCUCCAUUUGCUCGCGUGGAAUCUCAUCCAGUGAUUGGGUACGAAAGGCUCGUGAUCACGUGUACCACCUAGCAUGUUUUGCAUGCGCAGCAUGCCAUAGGCAGCUUUCCACUGGUGAAGAGUUUGCUCUACAUGAAGACAGGGUCCUGUGCAAGGCGCACUAUUUAGAAACCUUAGACGGUGGUACAACCUCUUCAGAUGACGGAUGCGACGCAGAAGGCUACCACAAAAACAAAGCGAAAAGAGUGCGAACUACUUUCACGGAGGAGCAGUUACAGGUACUUCAGGCGAAUUUUCAGCUGGACUCUAAUCCAGAUGGCCAGGACUUGGAAAGGAUCGCACAAAUCACAGGACUCAGUAAACGAGUCACCCAAGUCUGGUUUCAAAACUCGAGGGCAAGGCAGAAAAAACAUAUGCAUACAGGAAAAGUCAAAACGCAAUUACACAACCCCAGGGACGACAAUUCUUUUGGGAGGCAUAUAAAUCUUCAUCUCACAUAUUCACUUCAGCAUCAAAAUAACAACACCAAAACAAGCUUGUUCUCUCAAUCUGAAUCAUCUUUGGACGAGCUUUCUCAAGAAUCUACAAUGCACUGUAUGCAAAGUGAGGUCUAACUUGAGAUCGAUAAAAUAGUUGAUUUGAGUCGAGAAAUAAGAGUUCUGAUAUAUUUUGUGAUCACUAAAUGUAUUUUUAGUAUUAUUAUAUUGAUUAUAUAAUAUAUUGUUAAUAAGUGGUAUUUAUUUAUUUCGUUAUGUAUAUAAGAUCGCCACAUUCUGUGCUAAAAUAAUGUAGUAGCGUAUAUGUUAUUAUACUCAGUUAUGAUUACUG